GAUUUACAUAUUAAUUGGCCAACAUGGCAAGCUCUCAUUUCAUUCAACUCCUAUAUUAAUCAUCUCUUUUCAUCCCAUUUCACACCUCUCUAUCUCCAUCUCUCCAUAAGAACCCUAGAAGGUUGAUGUUGUCCUCUUUACACUUCCUCCACUACCAAAACUAGAGCUUUUGAGGACAAACUCAAAGUUUCUCUUGUCACCUCUACUCAUAAAAACCAAAGCGUUUUAUAUAUAUAUUCUCAUUUCACAAAACCUUACUUUUUGAAAAUUUUCUUGGGUCAAAGAAAAUAUUCAAGGCCUAGAUUAUAUUUAUCAUGAUGAUGGGAAAAGAGGAUUUGAGUUUAAGUCUGAGCUUGGGGUUUGCACAAACUCACCAUCCUCACAAGCUGAUGAAUCUCAAACCCACUUCUUCACCCAUAUCUAAUCUCCAGAUGUUUCCAUGGAACCAAACCUUUGUUUCCUCCUCAGAUCAUCAAAGCCAACAGUUGUUUACGAAAAUAAACGUGAACAGCUUGCCGGUUGAUUUGGAGGAGGAGACAGGAGUUUCUUCCCUAAACAGCACGAUCUCUAGCAACGUGAGCGGCAAGAGGAGAAGCGAGAGAGAAGGAACAUCAGGUGGUGCUGGAGAUGAUCUCGACGUCACUUUGGAUCGAUCUUCCUCACGUGGAACCUCGGAGGAAGAAGAAGAAGAAUACGGUGGAGAGGCUUGUCGGAAGAAGCUUAGGCUAUCCAAAGAUCAGUCCGCUGUUCUCGAAGACACUUUCAAGGAGCACAAUACUCUAAACCCCAAACAGAAGCUGGCUUUGGCUAAGAAGCUAGGCUUAACCGCAAGACAAGUGGAAGUGUGGUUCCAAAACAGAAGAGCAAGGACCAAGUUGAAGCAAACUGAAGUAGACUGCGAGUAUUUGAAGAGAUGCGUAGAGAAACUGACUGAAGAGAAUAGACGGCUCGAGAAAGAGGCUGCGGAGUUGAGGGCACUAAAGCUUUCACCGAGAUUGUAUGGUCAUAUGAGUCCACCAACCACGCUUCUCAUGUGUCCAUCAUGCGAACGUGUGGCCGGACCAUCCAACCACAACCAACGGUCUGUGUCUUUGAGCCCGUGGCUCCAAAUGGCACAUGGGUCAACUUUUGAUGUGGUGCAUCCUAGAUCUUAACUUUAUUUCGUUUUUAUGGGUCAACUUUUGAUGUGAUGUACGUUUUAGAUUAUUGACUCCCACUACAUCAAUACUUAAAAGCCUUUAGCAUUGUUAAAAAAAAGCCUUUUACAUUUUAAAUUAAUUAAAUCUGAUUAAA